CGGCGAGGGCGGCGGGCGGCGAGCAGAGGCGCCCGAGUUCAUGCUGCAGCUGCAGCGGCGCGUGGCGCACCCGGACGGCGUGCUGCGCGCGCGCUCCGCCCUCCCGCACGGCGCGCACGUCGUGCGCAGCUUCUUCGAGCAAGAGCCCUUCGAGGAGCACGUGCUGCGCUUCAACGUGUCGCGGCUGCGCGCGGACGAGCGCGUGCUGGGCGCAGAGCUGCGCGUCUUUCGCCUGCGCCGCACCCGCGCGCCGCUGCUGGUGGAGGGCGGUCGCGGCGCGGGCGCGGGCGCCGACGAGCACCGGCUGCUGGGCGUGCAGGCGACGAGCGCGCGCGCGCCGCCGGCCUGGCACUCGUUCAACGUGGCGGCGGCGGUGCGCGCGUGGCUGGCGGGCGACGCGCCCAACCUGGGGCUGCUGGUGACGGCGUCGGCGCUGGACGGCGGCCCCGCCCACGCGCCGGCCUUCGCGCGCCGCCACCGCCACGCGCCGCGCCGCCAGCCGCUGCUCGUGCUCUACGACGCAGAGGGCCCCGCCGCGCCCCCGGACCCCAACGCAGGGCCUCCUGCGUUCUCGCCGCCCUCUGAGAACGAAGUGGACGCCGAGGACGAGGACGAGGAGGCCGAGUACGACGACGAGGAGUCCGCGGAGGGCGGCGCGGGCGAGGAGCGGCGGGGCGGGCGGGCGCGCCGCGCCGCGCCCUGGAGCGGGCCUCGCCGGCGGCGGCGGCGCCACGGCACCAGCCAGCAGCAGCAGCCAGCCGCCGCCGCCGCCGCCAACGCCACCGGCGACGGUGACGGCGGCGUGUGCGCGCGCCAGGACCUGUGGGUGGAGUUCGACGAGAUCGGCUGGAGCUCGUGGAUCAUCUCGCCGGCCGGCUACAACGCGUUCCAGUGCGCCGGCGCGUGCCCGUACCCGGUGGGGCCCGCGCUCAACCCCACCAACCACGCCACCGUGCAGAGCAUCGUGCACGCCUUGGGGCUGCAGGCACACGCGCGCGCGCCGUGCUGCGCGCCCGACCGCCUCGAGGGCCUCAGCCUGCUCUACACCAACGACCAGGGCGACGUCGUGCUCAAGAUCUACGAGGACAUGGUGGCCAGCACCUGCGCCUGCCACUAG